GAAGUUUUUAAAUGAUGAUUAUAUUAUAUCUAUAUAUUAUUAUACAGAUAAAUUUCGUCAGACUAAUCGGUCAUUUUUGCUCCUGUUAUGCAAUCCCAAAAUGUUCAAGAGGUUUUUUUUUAUUCAUAUUUUGGCUUCUGAUCAGAACCGGCAGCUAUACCUUCUCAAAGAACAAGUUUGGAUUAUUAUAUCAAAAAAAGUUUUAUCUUGGAAAGUUCUAGGAAACACGUGUCACAUUCACAGGUGUAACCAGGCCACCUGCCAGCCACUACAGCUUCCAGAUCGGUUCGAGUCGAGAUUCCUCGACAUAUUUGACGUGCGACACAAUGUUGCUGGUCAUCAACUGCGUGCUUCUCCUCGUCCCGUGCCUCUACUCCAUGCCAUUCAGUAGCACCAGGGACAGACGAUCAGAUGAUGUCAGCACGGGGGCUCUACAGGUCAUAGUUCAGGAGCAGUCAGCACUCAUUCAGUCCCUGCAGGCAAAGGUAGCAGCCUUGGAGACGACCGUAUCGGACUUGAAAACUCGGGUUAGCCAGGAGGACGACCGACUGGGCCGUGUUCAACACGCAGUUGCCUUCACUGCCACCCUCUUCGGACCGUCAACCCAACAGACUCUAGACGUGGGCGACAACGCCGCCAUCAAGUUCAACGACGUGAUCACCAACGUCGGCAACAGCUACGACCCCAGCACCGGCACGUUCACGGCGCCUGUGGUGGGGGUCUAUGCUUUUUCUCUGUCCCUGGAGGCCGACAACGUUCACGACUCCAUCGUGGUGAUGGUGGAGAAGAUAGUGGGUGGGAUAGGGAGUGCCAUCGCCUACACGUCUGUCCAGGGGGCGGGGUCUGAUCACUACGACACCAGCUCCAUCUUCGUUGUGACACACCUAGCGGUAGGUGACAAGAUCAUCGCACGCAGAGCUUGGGGCGGGAACUAUCUGAAUAACUGGCUCAAGAAUUCAUUCUCGGGAUUUCUUGUAACUGCUGACUGAUUAAAAAAAAAAAAAGUC